AUUUAUUGUUUAGUAUUUCAGUGUAAGUGAGUUGGUCUGCAAGUGAUAUCAGCAUAAUAUAAAAUUUUAGUUAAACUCUUUCAGAGAUGUAUAUCAUACUCGUCUACUUACUAAGUGGGCUGAUCUUAAACAGCAAAUUUCUGUUGGUACAUACUAACUUACAGUUUGAUAAUUACAAAAUUAGCGAUCGAACAAACGCUCGGGUUGAAUAUUGUUAUAAGGAUGAACGUAUUUCUUGUAAUUGUGUGGAUGGCAUCCAAUGCAAUGUUAAGGGUGAAUUCGGUGAUAUUUACGCAAGCUUUGUUUCAGAAGAUCAGCAAAUGUUAGUGAUUUGUCCUAAGGAAACAAAAGUUAAUAUUACUUUUCUACUCGAGCACCAAUUUCAGUCAAAUCUACUUAAAUCAAGUUAUUGGGAGGAGAAAAACUGCAAGGAAUUGAAGGACAAAAUAUUUCUUAAAAUUAUAUUACAUCCUAUAACUAUAAAGAAUGAACUGAAUAAGUUAACGCUGAUCUAUAAUGACUUUGCUGCAAAAUCAACAACAAAUUUUUUCAAGGUGCAAAACCUAUUUCAUCUACAUUUAAUCAUGAACUCAAAAGCAGACUUUAUAAUUAUACCAACUGAUAUAUUUUCUACCCAAUAUGCUACACUGACGACGCUUGCACUUAGCGCACGAAGUCUAACGAAACAACACGUAACGCUGCGAAACUUGACGCAAGAACAUUUUCAAAGCCUUACUGCGCUCAGGCAACUGGACCUUGCCGGUAAUAAUAUGAAGGUUUUGGACGAAAAUAUCUUUGCAAAACUUACGCAAUUGAGUUGUCUGAACUUGAGCCGCAAUGCCAUCCAAGAAUUGCCAUCAAAUUUACUCGCAAAUCAGCUGCAACUAAUAAUACUAGAUCUCAGUAACAAUUUGUUGUCACAUUUACCGCCUGAACUUUUCGCACGGGCUCGUUGGUUAUGGCAAUUGAAACUUAAUGGCAAUCGCCUGCGUGACGUUGCAAAUCUCAUGGCAAAUCUGAAAGCGUUGAGUCAUCUGCACAGACUAGACUUAAGCGACAACCAAUUGGAAACUGUUUGGGACACUGAGCUUAACGCCAAUACUUCAGCGACAAUAUUAACAAAUUUUCGUUAUGACAAUAUCAAUAUGCCUUUAGCUGUGGCGAAAGAUCUAAAUUAUAUCAUCAAAUUACAACCUCAAAAGUACGAAGGAAAUGAGCUUAUUUUGACCGUGAUCAAUUUAAGUGGCAAUCGUUUGAGCGAGUUUAAUAUGGAUUGGGUUUUCGAGGCCGGUGUUAAAUGCCCAUUUGAAAUAAGCUUAGAACACAAUUCGAUUAAAAACGUAUAUGCUUUAACAAAUCUUUUAAAAACAUCUGCUGAUUGUGAGCGCAAUGUCACAGUGACUGGCAAUCCUAUCGAGUGUGAUUGUAAAUUAGCUUGGAUCUACAAUGGUAAUUUUCGUACGUUUUUCAGUGAUUUAAAGUGUACUCGCAAGUCAACCGAACUACUAACGGAUAUCACACAACUUGAACGUAACGACCUAUGCGCUUGGCAACCGGUGCUAUGUCCCAGCAAAUGCGCUUGUCACACACAAUCAGGGUUCUUGAUCAUCAACUGUAACGGUAGGGAGCUGGACGUUAUCAAACAGCUGCCACGACCCGAGCAAGUUGCGCUCACGACUUCAAUACUCGAUAUUAGCAGUAAUCAGUUCACGGUUUUGCCGCCAAACACCACCUUCGGUUAUGCCAACGUUUCGCAACUCUACGCUUCGCACAAUAAAAUCACGAAUAUAAGUCGCUCUGAACUACCCACCAACUUGACGGUUUUGGAUCUACGAAAUAAUCAUUUAAAAACAUUAAGCGCCGAUUUUUUGCGUGCAUUUCUCAAUGAGAGCACGAAACUACAACUUUUGAAUUUGAGUGGUAAUCCUUGGUUUUGCGACUGCGCUGCACAGCAACUGCUAUAUACAGUGCGCGCACAUCGGCAACGCAUACCCGAUGUCGAGCAGUUAAGCUGUGAUAAUCUGCAGAAUGUCACUCUCCUUACAGCAAGCUUGAGUGAAUUAUGCCGAACUGAGGAUAACAUUAAAAGUUAUAGAUAUAUAAUUGCUUUGAUCACAACCGCAGCGUUAUUCAUCAUCAGCUUACUUCUCAUUAUCGCACUCUUCUUUAAAUAUAAAUUGCAAGUGGAAGUCUGGUUAUAUAACCGCAACAUAUUGAGUUGUUGCAUCCAUGAGCGUGAGUUGGAUAAGCAUAAAACAUUCGAUGCGUUCAUCUCCUAUGCGCACCAACAGGCCGACUUUGUCAACCACAUAUUACUGCCACAACUCGAGCAGUGCGAACCACCAUUUCGUAUAUGCACGCACGAACGCAAUUGGCUAGCUGGCGCUUAUAUACCUGAACAAAUCAUCGAAUCGGUCGAACAGUCGCGACGUACGAUCAUUGUGCUCUCGCAGCACUUCAUUGAGUCGGAAUGGGCGCGCAUGGAGUUUCGCACAGCGCAUCAGUGCUCGUUGAACGAAGGUCGUGCGCGCAUAAUUAUCAUUAAAUACGGUGAAAUUAUCAACAGUGAGCUAUUGGAUAAGGAAUUGAAGGCAUAUUUGGAUAUGAACACAUAUCUGGAUUGGCAGGAUGACCGAUUUUGGGAUAAACUACGCUAUGCCAUGCCACAUAAAAUGGGUAGAAAACGCAAUGCCGAUAUGCUGGAAGUCGGCGGCAGAAGGUGUGUUAUGGCACAAAAUCCUCAAUUGCGUGACGAGAGCGUUUAAAUUUGUCGCAGGCAUACUUCAUGGUUCAUCGUGAAGAGAAGUAAAUUUUUUAGGGAAUUUGGUCGAAAUGUUGCUAUGUACUACUUUAAACUACCACACUAAUAAUAUAUGCAGACCAAAAAUAAGAUGAGAAGAUAUGAUGAAGAUGACUAUAGAGAGCAUUUUAAUUCUAGCGGUUUUUUAAAUAAGUUCAAGUUUAUAUUUACAUAUAAUUUAUAAACCAUUGGAACGAACAUUUUAGUAGUAAAAUUUACUC